AUGUCGUUCCUCCGACGCACUGCCCAUAACCUGACGCCCCAUGCCCGGCUGUCAUUGACCGCCGCCGCGCCCCGAGCCGUCCGUUCUCCCGCCGCAGGCUUCGCCGGGCCGGCAUCAUGCGUUGUUCCGAGCCGACGAGGCCUUCACAUCGGCGCCUUUGCCGGCGAGGUCAUCCAGUCGACGGCAUCCGCCUUCAGUUGGUUCCACGUCACUACCGGUGUACCGUGGUACCUCGCCAUCCCGUUGCUGGCCGUGAGCGUCAACGUAACCCUCAGGCUUCCCCUCCAAUUCUAUGCCGCCAAGCUCCGGUCGAAGCGAGGCGAGCUGAAUCCCCUUGUGGUGGCGUGGGCACGACGGCAUACCAGCACCAUUGCCAGGGAACAGAGCAAUUUGCCGGAACGCAUCUUGAGGCUGCGGAUGGCCGGCGCCAUUGAGAAGUCUCGGCGCAGAAUCUACAAGACCUGGGGCGUCCAGAGGUGGAAAGGCUUUGCGCCGUUGCUCGGCAUAUUUCCGUUCAUCACCAUCUCCGAAGCCCUGAGACGGAAAUGCGGUGCUCCCCUGGGCUGGCUCAGCCAUUCCGUCGGCCUGGGCACUCCGCAGUCCGCGACUUCCAACCUGGGGUCGGUCAACGGCAUGUUCGAUCCGUCUUUGGUGGACGGGGGAUGCCUCUGGUUCAUGGACCUGACCAGCGCGGACCCAUUCUACGGACUCCCCAUAAUCUGCACGGGCAUCCUCGUUUGGAACAGUUGGGGCAGGAUGUCCAAGGACCACAUCCGAGCGCUCCUUUCACUAAACCCCAACGAGAAGCAGGGUCAUGCUCAUGAUACCCGUCUUCCCUCUCCUCUUUGCAGAUCUCCCCAGCGCAAUCUUUCUCUACUGGGCAUCUUCUUUCGGCCUCUCCAACAUAAACGAUACCAUUUUACACCGACUGAUUCCAAGGAAGGACCCGAAGUUCACGGAUGUGCAGAAAAGACCAAACUCUUUGCCAUAUCUUAG